AUGGCGGACGCUGACGCCCCGCCGCCAACGCCGCCUCCGGAGGUAGUAGCUCCCGAGAAGCAUCCCGCGCCCGUUGAUUCAGCCGUCUCCGCGCUGCAGAAGGAGGCCGCGACGGCCGAAGUCGAUAACAAGCGGAAGCUGGAGGAGGUCAGCGCCGACGCGGAGGCGAACGGCACCGGCGAGGAGGGUGCCAAGCACCCGCGCGUGGACGGCGAGCCCGACGCCGCCACAGGGGUUGAGCAACAGAACGAUGGGUCCUCCGUGAAUGUGGAGGAGCCCGCAGCCGCGGAGGAUAAGCUUGCUCUUGCUCCGACCGAUGGCGCAGCGAUGGAUGGUGAUGACGAUGGCACGGCCGCUCCUGCUCCGGAUUCGCAGGCGGGUUCUGAUGAGAAGCCGCUUGAAGCAGCAGCUGAAGCUCCACAGCAGGAACGUGUUGCAGUUGCAGAAGCUGCUGCACAGGAGAUUUCUCGUACGAUCGAAGUGCCCAACAGCAAGGUCGGUGUCCUUAUUGGAAAAGCUGGCGAGACAAUCAGGAACUUGCAAAAGAGCUCGGGUGCAUGGAUCCAAAUCGCUAAGCACGCCGAUGUGGACUCAAAUGCCCUGACAAGGUCGGUUUUACUAGUUGGAAAACCUGGAAGCGUUGAUAAAGCUGAGCAGCUUAUUGAGAGUGUCAUAGCUGAGGCUGAAGCUGCUAGAGGAUUUGGAAGUGGACAGUCUGGAUCAGAGCAAUUUGAUAUGGCAGUUCCCAAUAACAAGAUCGGUCUCAUUAUCGGAAAAAGGGGUGAGACAAUUAAAGACUUGCAGCUCAAAUCUGGUGCUCGUAUUGAGUUCAUACCCAAAAUUCCUCUAGAGGGUGUUACAUCGACGGGAAGAAUUGUACGUGUUACUGGGAAUAAGCAGCAGAUUGAAGUCGCAAAGGAUUUGAUCAAGCAAGCUGUGAAUCAGACAUUUCCAAAGCAUACAAACCAGUCUGGCAGAUAUGGUCCACAAGGUUACCGCCCUCAGGGUCGUGGUGCAGGUUCUCAGUGGUGA